CCGGGAGAGGGAACUAGAGCCUGAAAGCCGGAGAAGCCGGAGAAGCUUCAGGGCAGACCAGAGAGCUAAAUCAGGAACUCAGGGAUUAGAGGUUUGGAGAGGCAAGAGAGUGAGGACUGAGUGGGGUGGAAAAGGGCCAUAAGCGGAGGAAAGGAAAGUGCUUUUAAGGAGAGGACUAUGGAGCGGAGAGUGUUCAAAAGAGGGAGCGUUUGGAGUACCGAAAGAAGAGGGUCAGUCCAGCGGUUGCCUCUCCAGCCGUGCUUUUUGUGACUAUAUAGGAAUCCUCCUCCCCACUCUGAAGGAGGAAGAAGCAGGGAAUGGAAAAGCAAGAUGCCCGCCAGGGAUGGCUGGCUGCCAUGCAGGACCGCAGCAUCCUUGUCCCCCUGGCCUGGGAUCUGGGUCUCCUCCUACUAUUUGUGGGGCAGCACAGCCUCAUGGCAACUGACACAGUGAAGGCGUGGAUGUCUCGAUAUUUUGGGGUCCUUCAGAGGUCACUGUAUGUCGCAUGCACUGCCCUGGCCUUGCAGCUGGUGAUGCGGUACUGGGAACCUGUACCCAGAGGCCCUGUGUUGUGGGAGGCUCGGGCUGAACCAUGGGCCACCUGGGUGCCCCUGCUCUGCUUUGUGCUCCACGUCAUAUCCUGGCUCCUCAUCUUCAGCAUCCUUCUCGUCUUUGACUACGCCGAGCUCAUGGGCCUCAAACAGGUGUACUACCACGUGCUGGGGCUGGGUGAGCCUCUGGCCCUGAAGUCUCCCCGGGCUCUCAGACUCUUCUCCCACUUGCGCCACCCAGUGUGUGUGGAGCUGCUGACGGUGCUGUGGGUGGUGCCCACCCUGGGCACUGACCGCCUCCUCCUUGCUCUCCUCCUUACCCUCUAUCUGGGCAUGGCUCACGGACUUGACCAGCAAGACCUCCGCUACCUCCGGGCCCAGUUACAAAGAAAACUCCACCUGCUCUCCCGGCCCCAGGAAGGUGAGGCCGAGUGAGGAGCUAACCUGGUUCCAAGCCCUGCACUUCCUCUCCUUUAACAUCCAGGCCCUGGCUGCUUCAGACCAGAGGCCCAAAUCUAUGGACUGAAGGGGCUAUCCCUUCCCCUGCUUGAGCCUCCACUCCUUGGGCCCAGCUCCAUACCCUAAAUUCUGAGUUUCAACCACUGGACUCCAAGAUCUACUUCUUACCAGCCAGGAAGAGGGGGUGGGGAACUUAUCUGUCUCCUCACAGUUUAGGACUUGACUCCCCCCCCCCCCACCUUAAGAACCUCCUUAUAAGGACAAAGGGUGGGCCUGACCACUUCCCUCCCACUGUUACUCCCUUCUGCACCUCAGGGAUCCCCUUCUCCUCCUCUGGCUUCCCUUUCUAGGAGUGGUACUAGGGUCUGCAGGUUUGAUGGUAAUGCCUGCCCUUCCAGGCUCCAAGUGCCAGCCCCCUGGCUAGCCUUGCCAUCUCCUUAGGCCCUGGCCCUGGGCUCUGUCCUCUAACCUAGUGGAGAGGAUCCUCCCACUCUUCAUUUUGGGUGACUAAGAGCUCUCUGCUGUCCUGAGGAACACGUGCAGCAGAAAAAUAAAAUUCAGCCUGUUUUUUCUACA